AUGGCUUACUCAUCUGUUUACUUUAAAACGUAUAAAACAUUUCAGUUGUUAACUGCAGCUCACUGUACCAAAGAGUCAUGGUUGAUAAGAUGGCUACCACUCGAUGCAGUGGCCGGUGAUCACAAUGUCCACAAUAUUGGUCCUAGAGCACAGAUCAGACCUGUUAACCUACGUAUUGAACAUCCACUAUAUAAAGGAGGCAUCGGACCACAUGAUAUAGCAGUUCUUCGUGUGGAUAGUCCAUUCUUAUUUACCGAUGAAGUGCAGCCUAUUAGUCUCCCGUAUUAUAACAAAAUAAGCAAUGAGGAGUCUCUAUUGUUAGCUGGCUGGGGUGUCUUGAAAACGACAUGGUUUAUACCAGAUCUACCAAAUGGACUGCAAGAAGUUAAAGUUACUUAUAUGCCUUAUGAUGCAUGUCGUAAAGCCGUCGAUGAGCACCUAGAAAAUAGCUACGAAUACAACCCUCUGAAUAAAGAUUCCAAUAUUUGUACUGGACCUAUCACUGGAGGGGUUGCCGCUUGCGGUGGAGAUUCAGGAGGACCCCUCAUACAAAUGGUCCCUAAAAAUAAUAUGGAUCAUAGAAUUGAAGAAGCUGAAAUUAUUUAUGACGAAGUCAACGAUAAUAAAACUGAUGUUAAUACUGAACAAACAAUUGUUGAGGAUGAAGAAAAGAUACCUGUAGCACUCGGAGUUGUAUCUUGGGGUAUAACUCCAUGUGGAGAUAGAGGAGCUCCAACUGUAUACACAAAAAUAGCACCGUAUGUAGACUUUAUUAACGCGCAUAUUAAAUUUUAG